UUGGCUCUCUGAGCAGCAUCAUGGCGGUGGGCAAGAACAAGUGCCUUACGAAAGGCGGCAAAAAGGGAGCCAAGAAGAAAGUGGUUGAUCCAUUUUCUAAGAAAGAUUGGUAUGAUGUGAAAGCACCAGCUAUGUUCAAUAUAAGAAAUAUUGGAAAAACACUGGUUACAAGAACUCAAGGAACCAAAAUUGCAUCUGAUGGUCUCAAGAGUCGUGUUUUUGAAGUGAGCCUAGCUGAUCUGCAGAAUGAUGAAGUUUUAAAAGUCAAAAUGCUGAAGAAGCCCAAGUUUGAAUUGGGAAAACUCAUGGAGCUUCAUGGUGAAGGUAGCAGUUCUGGAAAAGCUACUGGGGAUGAGACAGGUGCUAAAGUUGAACGAGCUGAUGGAUAUGAGCCUCCAGUCCAAGAAUCUGUUUAA